AUGAAAGAGGAGGACGCGGCACCACUUCAGCCCCUUCAAGAGCCUCACUCGGCGUGGAAGAGGGCCCUCGAUUUAAAAUCGCUGAACACCGGCAGGCAGAGGCUUCCAGGCGCCCCCAACGGCAAGACCCUCGUGGGUUGGACCACAGAAACUUUGCCGCCUGGUGGCGAAAAAGACGCCGCCGCGAGUGGUGGCCGUGGGGGAAAUGUACCGCGUGGUACGUUGGGCGGGACGCAUGCGACGGAUGUCCAGCAGAGUGCGUUGGAGUUUCUUCAAGAAAUGUACGGCAUGAAGCCGUUAGAUGCCCCCGUCAUUUCCAAAGGGAUCCAUGCCUCGGAGCGCCAGAAGAGGUGGGGUGGGCCGGUGCUGUUUCAACCGUCCAGGCUUACAAACAAUCAAAGUCCUACAAAAAGGGAAAGCGCGGUACUGCGAAGGGUCAAAUCACACCACGGAACCGGGGCUAUCAGGGACCCUCUUCUGCGGCGUUUGUCCAGCCGAAGGACUCUCUCCCAGGAUCAUUUGGGUACGAUCGUGGAUCAUAUUUUUCAAGGAUACAUGCAGACGAAUUUGAGGGCUAAAAAACCGCUGCUGGCACCUGUCACGAAGGCCGAGACAGAUGAUUCCGUCUCUCUGUUUGUGAGCAAUGCUCUGGACAGUUUUUUGGUCAGAGAGGCCUCCUUCUCGCUCCGAGAUGCUCAGUCUAUGAAUUCGUUUCUUACCUUAGGUGGAGACUGCAACUUUUCGAAGCUGCUCUCCUUCCAAGGGCAAAGCCAAUUUUUGGACGAUGACGAUCCGAGUGAGUUACUUACGAAACCGGUCUUUGAGGGAAGAAUGGCAUUGUUUGCCCCUGUGGAAUCGCAGGCUGAAGUCAGUGUGAGCGGGCCACUGCCGGAGGGGUCAUUGGCUUUUGUAGCGGGAGUGGAGGCUCCCUGCCCCUCUCCUGUUAGUCUGCAGUCUACACUGGAAACCGAAACCCCACCGGUGGCUACGCGAGGAGCCAAACGAACUACAGGACAGCCGUGCUUGAACUUUUCGCGAGAGAUGUCACUUAACUCCGAUCAAAUCCAAGUAAAACCUCCUGACAUUUUGAGAAACAAUAAGACUGGAGAUGUGCAUACGAAUAUUCCGAAAAACGAGGGGGAUAAUGAGACCAACCCAGAAAAUUGUGUAUUUCCAACGUCUUCCGGUGCAUGCUUACUUCCUUGCUACUCGAAUGCAAUAAAGUUUGGUCAUUUAGUGGCGCCCAGGAAUAAAGGGAUUGAGCAGCUCAUUUCUGACGAGGACUUGAAGCGAAGUGUGCUGGUGGCGGUGGAGCAACGAUUCCACAAAUAUCUUUGCGCACUGGAAAUGGAUGAAGCGACGGAGAUCAGUAAUGCCAAUACGAGGGGAAAUAAUAAUGUUAACACCGCGAAUCCCAACAAACAACCGGUGGUUAUUGCUGUCGCUGCACCUCAGCCAAUGGUACAAAAUCUCCUUGAUUUUUUUGGUAAAUAA